AAGCACCACAGCUAAUGCCAAUCAUCAAUCAGAAAUCACUUCCUGCUACAGUGCUAAUCAUAAAUUCUCUCCUUACCAAAAGAAGCACCAACUCCACGAAGCUAAGAAAAAGCCUCUCUCUCUCACACACACACACACACACACAGGAUGAGUGGAGAAGAGAAGGUGGUGUGCGUGACUGGAGCUUCGGGUUACAUAGCAUCAUGGCUUGUGAAGCUCCUGCUCCAACGUGGGUAUACUGUAAAAGCUACAGUUCGUGACACAAAGGAUCUGAAGAAAACUGAGCAUUUACUUGCACUUGAUGGAGCUAAAGAAAGACUAAAAUUAUUCAAAGCAGACUUACUAGACGAAGGAUCUUUUGAUUCUGCAGUUGAUGGAUGCCAAGGUGUUUUUCACACUGCAUCACCUGUUUUACUGACAGCCAGUGAUCCACAGUCGCAAUUAAUUGAUCCGGCAGUGAAGGGAACACUUAACGUUCUCAGAUCAUGUGUAAAAGUUCCUUCUAUUAAGAGAGUGAUUUUAACAUCUUCUGUUGCUUCAGUUAUGUUCAACGGGAAAACCUUGUCCCCUGAUGUGGUAAUUGAUGAGACUUGGUUUUCGGAUCCAAUUAGUUGUGAGAAGUUGAAGCUUUGGUAUAUAUUGUCAAAGACCUUGGCUGAGGAGGCUGCUUGGAAAUUUGCUGAAGAGAAUGAUAUUGACUUGGUAGCUAUAAACCCAGGCCUUGUUAUUGGUCCACUCAUACAGCCAACUCUUGGUUUUAGUCUGGAGACAUUUCUAAAGCUCGUAAAGGGAACUAAAGUAUUUCCUGAUGGAAUGUGUAUAUUAGUUGAUGUUAGAGAUGUUGCAAAUGCACAUAUUCAGGCAUUUGAGAUUCCUGCGGCCAGUGGCAGAUAUUGUAUAGUUGCAAAAGUUAUACAUUAUUUUGAGGUUUUCAAGAUAUUGCAUGGACUUUACCCUACUUUAAAUCUACUUGAAAAAUGUGAAGAUGACAAGCCUUUGCUGCCAGCAUACAAGAUAUCCCAAGAUAAGGCCAAAAGUUUGGUUAUUAGCUUCGUUCCUUUGGAAGUGAGUCUUAGGGACACUGUGGAAAGCUUCAAGGACUACGGCUUCCUCACUAUUUGAAUUAUGUUACUGAGAGGGAAGUAAUGCAGAUUAGUACAAAUAAUUUGUGUAUGUCCAAUCUUGGCUAGUGUUUGUUGGACUUGAAGGUUCCGUUAUGUUAAGAUGUAUGAACUGCAGUUUAUCAAUAAAGAUGUAUGAACUGUAAUACUUUUAUCUUUUUGCGUAAA